AUGGCCAGCGGAUUCUGGGAAUUAACAGAUGGUGAACAUAAGCAACACUAUACAAAUUGCAUGGAAAAAUGGCAACAGGGUCUGCAAUCCUGGAAGAAAUUCAAAAUCGAAAGGUGCUACAAGACCGUUUUCACAACCAAAUUGCAGUUGCACCUGUUUGGAGACGCAUCAGAAAGGGCCUAUGGCGCAGUUGCCUAUUUGAGAAUUGGGGCUAAACCUGCCAAAAUAAACCCCGUAAUGUCAAAGGGAAGAGUUGCACCAACGAAGCCACAAACCGUUCCAAGACUUGAACUUAAUGCCGCCACACGUGCAGUAAGGCUGUACGGAUUUAUUAUAAAAGAAAACGAUAUACCAAUUUAA